ACAGUCAGGACUCUGCCAAAAAAAUAAAAUAAUUUUUUAUUAAAUUAUUAAUAAUAUUAUUACAAAUUUCGAUAUUGUUCCAGAUUAUAAAAUAGGAAGAUAAAUUUGGGGGUGACAUGUAUGCAGCUAGCUUGAUUAGAGUAGAAAAUUUUUGCUAAAACUUAACUCAAUUCAAUGACGGGACGAGAUAUUCUCGGAAUCUUCGCUUUGGGAUAAAAAUUCGUGGGGAGCGGUUUCUUGACUCAACAAGCAUUCAUCCAUUCAUUGAUCUAUCAAUCCUUGUCGUUUGGAUAUUGCCUGGUGAAUUUUUCGCAAGUUUUUCGUGGAGAGUUCGAUUCAUGUGGAAUUUGAUUAAUUGUUGAUUUGAUUGUGAAAUUAGUUUGGUGUUCGUGAAAUUUGGGGAUUAGGUUUUAGGUUUUGCAGCGAAAUUGCGAAAUUGAAGGGAUGAAUGUGGUGGGUAGGGUUAGCAGUUUUAUUACACAAGGGAUGUACUCUGUUGCCACACCAUUUCAUCCAUUUGGUGGAGCAGUUGACAUAAUUGUGGUUAAGCAGCAGGAUGGAAGCUUCAGGAGCACGCCAUGGUAUGUAAGAUUUGGGAAAUUUCAGGGGGUUUUGAAGGGGGCUGAGAAGGUAGUGAGAAUUGAAGUCAAUGGAGUCGAAGCUAAUUUCAACAUGUAUCUGGAUAAUUCUGGGGAAGCUUAUUUUGUGCGAGAGGUUGAUCUGAGGGAGGAAGAUGGUGAGGGUAUAAAGGAAGGGAGAACGACGAAAACCGGUAGCGAUUACGGCGACGAAGAAGACGACGAGAGUAGUUUUAAGAAUGGUGGGAAUGGUGAUGAAGUGAGGUUUGAUCUCGGGAUGGAGAAGUUGAAGAAAAUUGAAUCGGAUAGCGGGCACGUGUUCUACGAGUUUCAGGACGAGCAAUCGUCGUCGUUGGACGGUUCAAUUGAGUUUUCGGAGUACGGUUCGAGUAGAUACGACACUUUAGAUAGCGUCGAACAUGCAUUGGAAUCACAGGAUUCGAAUUCGGAAGUUGUUUUGGUGAGCGUGGACGGUCAUAUCUUGACGGCACCAUUGUCAUCGUCCGAGAGGGACGGUGAAAAUGUGCAGUUAAGUACGCCUCAAUUUCACCUCGGCCCGGGUGGCGGAACUGCGGAUUAUAGCCCCGGAAAAGCUUCAUGGACUCCCGAUUACUUGGACGAUCUAAAUGCCUCGGAUCGAGAGCUUUUGGUUCAUGAACAAGAAGAUCAGAAAUCGACCGAUAUAUACAUCGAAAACAAUUCUCGAAAAUCUUUGAGCUUAUUAGAGAAGGAUGAUGUUUUUCAAAGCUGCUUGGAGCUUCCCGAAUUGGCAGUGCAGUAUAUGAAUGGCCGUCCGGAUCACCAAACUACUGAAGAUUCUAAGGAGAAGUUUGAUCGAAGUUCUUCAUAUAAGCAUGAUACUGAAAAUGGAAAUCACGACGAAUUAAGAAUCGAAGAUGAGCCACUUGAUUCUGGAAAUCGGAUCCGUAACUCUUUCCCCAAUUCUCAGGUCGAAGCUGUAAUGUAUGAAAGGAAUACAUACAAUAAAGAGAAAGAGUCGAAGAGUGUCACAAAAUUGGAGAUAUCACUAUGCGGAAACAUGAUUCAACCCGGAAUGGGAUUGCAGGCAGCAGAAGCAGCCUUUGAUGCAAGCCGAAUAUCACCCGAGGAAUUUCGAAAUUCCGGUUCAUCGAUAGUGAAGAACGAGAACUUAAUUGUUCGACUACAAGGAAAAUACUUACCUUGGAGUAAAGCUGCCCAUAUUGUUCUCGGUAAGGUAGCUUUCGGUUUCGAUUUGCCAGUUGACUCGAAAGAUUCGAUCCCUGUAGAAAAGGAUACACCAGAAGUGAAAGAAGAAGCAUCCGGAAUGAACUCAACCUCAUCCCGGAGAUGGAGGCUCUGGCCAAUCCCAUUUAGGAGGGUCAAGACACUCGAGCGCACUUUUAGUAACUCAUCGAAUGAGGAAGUUUUCGUCGAUUCUGAAUCUUUGAGCUCACCGAGGCAACCCACAGCUACAACCCCGACAGCCUCUGCAAUCUCCAGACCUCCUUAUAAGCAGCUUGUAAGAACCAACGUCCCGACUAACGAUCAAAUCUCAUCGUUGAAUCUCAAAGAGGGGCAGAAUAUUGUGAAUUUUGUAUUCUGCACAAGAGUGCUUGGAUCACAGAAGGUUGAGGCUCAUAUUUACGUGUGGAAAUGGAACACGCGGAUUGUGGUUUCUGAUGUUGAUGGGACGAUCACCAAGUCUGAUGUUCUUGGUCAGUUUAUGCCUUUGGUCGGGAAGGACUGGACGCACUCUGGGAUAGCUCGUCUCUUUUCAGCAAUAAAGGAGAACGGGUACCAGCUAUUAUUUUUGAGCGCACGUGCCAUUGUUCAAGCAUACUUGACCAAAAGUUUUCUAUUCAAUCUCAAGCAGGAUGGCAAAAGCUUACCCAAUGGACCUGUUGUUAUCUCCCCUGAUGGCUUAUUUCCAUCUCUUUACCGAGAAGUAAUACGAAGAGCUCCCCAUGAGUUCAAGAUUGCCUGCUUAGAGGACAUCAAGGCGCUAUUUCCAGCUGAUUAUAAUCCAUUUUAUGCCGGAUUUGGAAACAGAGACACCGACGAACUUAGUUACAGGAAAGUGGGGAUACCAAAGGGCAAGAUCUUCAUCAUAAAUCCUAAGGGAGAAGUGGCUAUUAACCACCGUGUGGAUGUAAAGUCAUAUACGUCGUUCCACACACUAGUGAACGAUAUGUUCCCCCCGACAUCCCUAGUCGAGCAGGAAGAUUAUAACUCGUGGAAUUACUGGAAAAUGCCCCUGCCCGACAUCGAUAAGUUGUAGUUGUUUCUGGCGGCAGCAACGGCGGUCGUGUAGAGGUGAGGACAGAAUUAAAGCCUAUCAUUAAUUAUUCUUCAGUUCAGUAUGUCUCUUUGAAUGGAGAUGGAAUGGGCUGUUUUAGCACAUAAAAGUCGUUCGUAUAUGUAAGAAUUAAGUACAUUCAUUUUUGUAACAUUUAGACUGAUCAUGUUGUAUAAAUGUCUAUUUUUUAUUAUAAAUAUUACAUUAAAAGAA